AGCCUACUGCACUUUGACACACAUGUGUUUGCAGAGUAUAACGUUUGCAUGAUUUCGCUAAUUCCGCCAGUGGAUGAGUGCUGGUGAAAUUUCUUAUUCCUGUUCUAAUUGGAUAUUUUUUAAUUAGUUUGCAUCGAAUGAAAACUAAUAAUGUCUUACUGUAGACAAGAAGGUAAAGAUAAAAUAAUAUUUGCCACAAAAGAAGAUCAUGAAAAACCGAGCAAGGUUGAUUUUGGAGAAAUUGAAGAAGAGGGGGAAGGCUUGAUUCUUCCCAAUGGUGACAUCAACUGGAAUUGUCCAUGCCUAGGAGGAAUGGCUACUGGUCCAUGUGGAGUAGAAUUCCGUGAGGCUUUCUCCUGUUUUCACUACAGUGAAUCUGAACCAAAGGGAUCUGAUUGUCUGCAACCAUUUCGCACAAUGCAGGAAUGCAUGGUGCAGUAUCCAACUUUAUAUCCUACGAACGAUGACAACGAUGAUAUAGACAAUAGCGAUCCAUUGCCAGAUGUCGAGGAGGCAUCAGAGUCAAAGAAAGAUGUAGGUCAAAGUUCACAGUCAUCUGAUUCAGAAGAAGGCUCGAGCGUAUGAUGACCAUAUGAUAAUAUGCAUUUCCACUAAUAAUCUCAGGAUGAAGAAAUAUACUGGCAGGUUCAAAACCCAGGAAAGACUGAUCUGGGGAGUAGGGGAGAAGUUCAGGGUAGGGGGACAUAGACAAAUUAACAUUACAGUACAAUGAUAGUGAAAAGAAUGCAUUUUGCGAGAUAGAUUAAUUUUAUCAAUCAUCUUAAGAUGUUCACCGUGUGAACCUAAGCUCAUAGAUUAAUGUUGUCUAAAGCUUGCUUUCUAUACAACUUCUACAUGCUAUCGCCGACAGCUUUAGGGGCUGCUGAUUGGUCAGUCAAAACGGGGAGCCUUCCUGAUUGCGUUUGGGACCGCUACGCAGUAUAACUAUUGCGCUGAAAACAUUGCAGUGACAGCGUGUAGCGAUCUUAAGUAAACCAGGCUGAUAAGUCCUGUUAAUCUCAGCUUUAUCACAAAUUUUAAACUGUAAUUGAUUAUUGAAAUUUUAUAGCUAAAGCUUUAGUACAGUAUGUAAAUUCAUUAGAUAUUUUAAUGGAAUGUAUAAUAUUAAAAUAAAUGUUUAAUGUUA